GAAAGUGAAGGGGCCCAAGUUCAAGAUGCCAGAGAUGCACAUCAAGACUCCAAAGAUCUCCAUGCCUGACAUCGACCUGAACCUGAAGGGCCCCAAAGUGAAGGGAGACGUGGAUGUGUCCAUGCCAAAGAUUGAGGGUGACCUGAAGGGCCCCGAAAUUGACAUCAAAGGUCCAAAGGUGGACCUUCCUGAUGUUGAGCUGGAAGGUCCUGAGGGGAAACUCAAAGGCCCCAAGUUCAAGAUGCCAGAGAUGCACUUAAAAGGCCCCAAAUUCUCCAUGCCCGACGUUGACUUCAACCUGAAAGGCCCCAAAGUGAAGGGGGACAUUGACGUGUCUGUGCCCCACUUGGAAGGGGAGCUGAAGGGCCCCGAGUUGGACAUCAAAGGUCCCAAAGUGGAUGUGGACCUUCCUGAUGUAGAACUGGAAGGUCCCGAGGGGAAACUCAAAGGCCCCAAGUUCAAGAUGCCUGAAAUGCAUUUAAAGGGCCCCAAAUUCUCCAUGCCUGAUGUGGACUUCAACCUGAAGGGCCCCAAAGUGAAGGGGGACAUGGAUGUGUCUGUACCCAAAAUUGAGGGUGAGCUGAAGGGCCCCGAGGUGGACAUCAAAGGCCCCAAAGUGGAUGUAGACCUUCCUGAUGUGGAUGUUCCCAGUCCUGAAGGUAAAGUCAAG